UCUGGCGCGGUCUCCUUGGGCAACCGCACACUGGGGCCUAUACUUUGAAGCCGGAGCCUGCCGGGAAGAAGUCCACGCAGCUACUCAGGUGACCUCACAGUGAUCAAGAUGGCUUCCACAAGAAGGCCUCUUGGCACUCCGCAGGGCGUUUCUGACUUCAGAGAUCUGUUCUUAGACAGCUCGAGGAUGGAAGAGAUCAGAAACUUACAAGCCCGAAGUCUUGGCCAAGUGACACCUGGGCAGAGCAGAAUCCUAAAGAGAAACCAAACAAUGGACGAGAAAAAUAUGAUGCCCAAAGAGGAGGCCGUGGCAGGGAGCGGGGUGCAGCUGGGCCUGAGGCCCCCCGCUAUCUCCUCCAAGACCAGAGCUAGUGAGGCCCUUAGGAAACUGACCCAGAUUGAAACCAAGAUCCGGAAUCGGAAGCAGGUGCCGGCAGCUUGGUCUGAUGUGGAGUCUGACUCCACAUGCAGUGAGCGGAGUCUUCCUAAGAGGACAGAUGCAACGUCUGUUUCUUCCCAGUAUCCACACAAAACUUUCCAGAAACAAGUGUGCAAAACAUCUGUGGCAAAGAGCAAUGGACAGAGUGGAAAUGGUAGCAGGUUUCUGAAGAAGAAGCAGCUGCCAACUGAAGCCGGGUCCCCAGGGCCCCCAGGGCUGGCCAUGGGGACAGAGAAGCAAGUUCUGCUGCUGACACAGAAAGAGCCUGUCAGAAAGUGGGAUGCCCCUGACAGUGAUGAGGAGGAAAUGAAAGUAUUGCUCGGAAGCUUGAUGGAAUCUUCUAGAGAAAAAGAAAUAAAUGGAAACCGGGAGCUCCCUGGCACCGAACUCAGCAGGAGAGACCUUGGAAAGGAUCUGACUCCAGAUCAGCCGGGAGUCCUGCAUCCGCUCAAUGUGGACCAGUCCAGCUUAAAGUCUUCUCGGCCCGUACCGUCGACUAGCAUCGGCUUGAGAACUCACCCUCUACAAACGAGCAGUGCUGGGGACACAGUCUCUGUCACAGCCUCACCUUCCAUCCUUGAUGACUUCUCCAAAUCAGCAUCUUCAAAGAUGGGGUGCGUCAAGCUGGCUUCCUCCCUCAGCAGGGUGGAAAUGGAGUCUUCUGAGGAGCCAGUCUCGGAAGCUGCUGCUGACAGCCUCCAUGAUUUUAGAAUUAAUAUCUUGUCCAUUGAUGAUCUGGUUCUGGCUGAAGGAGACAAAUCAGAAGGGGAUCUGAGAGAGGAAGAUUCUGUAAGGGAAGGGAUUUCAGUCAGAAGCUCCCCACCCACAUCACCUACUCGACUGGAAGCACAGAGGGCUAUGUGGCCCAAGAAUUCUGUGUUUCAGGGCACAGCCACUGUGGUUGAGGAUGAAGAGGAUCUGACCUCUGAGAGUGAGGCCUCAGAGCCCCCAGGUGCCAGCUCUGCGGCAGCUGUACCAUCUCAUGGUCUGUCCAGUGCACACUCCAUGGAGAUGCCCACUGCAUUCACUGCGAGCCCCGCUUACUCGGAAGACUUUGAGCAGUUCUCUGGUCCCUUGGCCUUGGAGGAGUCGCUUGACAGGACUCUGGACACUUUGUCGAGGUUUUCUUCCAGUGGACAGACAGAUAUUGUUGCCAGCAAACCUCUAUCAAGGACAGAAUGGGGCAGAAGUGUGACCAGAGUCAUGAAGGAGACAGCUGUGCAGACACUUGACCCUGCCUUUGCCUACCAGUGGAGCAAGGCUGGUGGCAUGGCAGCCAUCGGACCUGCCCUUGGAGGUGCUUAUGUGGACCCAGCACCCAUCGCCAGUCACAUUGUCAGCGCAGAUGCCAUAGAAGUCCUGACAGCCUACAGCCCAGCCGUGCUGGCGUUGAAUGACAUGCUGAAGCAACAACUGAGCCUGACGCAGCAGUUCAUCGAGGCCAGCCAACAACUACACGACUCCCUCCUGCAGUCCCUGGAUCGGGACUCAUUUCGCUACCACACCUUGGAGGAAGCAAAAGAGUACAUCAGGGAGCACAGGCCUGCACCCCUGACCAUGGAGGCUGCCCUGCAGGAGGUGAGGGAGGAGCUCCAAGGCUCAGCAAGUGAGGCGUGCCUGGGCACCUGUCCACCUUGGAAUCAAUGACGUCCAUAUGGAGGCAGGCAAGGCUGGGGCUCUUCCUGCUCUCCCUGCUGAGUAACCGCCAUAUAUGGGUUCUAAGCUCCCGUCUGCCCAGCUGGCUGCUCCGAGGACACAGCAUGAGGACAGCUGAGAAACCACCACCGGACAGCAGUGUGGGAUGGGGCCAUGAGCCAGUGCGACCCACAGCGUAUGUCAGGCAUUCCAACCAUCCAAGAUGGGACCAGCUGCCCCAUGGGAACGCCCAUGCCAGGUGCUGAGACAAGUCUUCUGAGCCUGGUGCCUGGCGCAGCCUGCACAGCACCCCUGUGUGCCUCUCACUCACAGCUAGAGGAAAUCUUUUACAAAAGGUUUUAUUGGAAGGCAAAACAGUAAAAUCCACAUUUGUCAACA